UGAUUGAGCAGACACGUUACGUCGAUUCCGUUUCUUGACUGCUGAGCUGAGCGAUGAGAGGAUUUCUUCCGAAGUUGUGGCACCAUUUGGAUGCUGUUUUUCGGCCGACAGUACCCAAGAAACAUGUUGUCAGAGGAAUCAACAGCAGCUGGGGCUGCAGGAGCAGCCGCCACUUGGCCACUAGUGGCGGACAGAACCCGGCAACUAACUUACGUGAGAGACCGCACUGUAAUGUGGGAACUAUUGGUCACGUAGAUCAUGGGAAAACGACGCUCACUGCUGCCAUUACCAAAAUCCAGUCCAACAAAGGACUGGCUGAAUACCUAUCCUACGACCAGAUCGACCGGGCGCCAGAGGAAAAAGCACGCGGCAUAACCAUAAAUGCGUGCCACAUUGGGUACGCCACCACGGAGCGUACCUACGCCCACACCGAUUGUCCGGGCCAUGCGGAUUACAUAAAGAACAUGAUCUCAGGAGCUUCCCAAAUGGAUGGUGCAAUCCUGGUUGUGGCAGCGACAGAUGGACAAAUGCCCCAAACCCGCGAACACUUGCUGCUGGCUAAGCAAGUGGGCAUACAACGCAUUGUGGUGUUUAUCAACAAGGCCGAUCUAGUGGAUCAGGAAGUAUUGGAGCUGGUGGAGAUCGAAAUGCGCGAGAUGUUGAGUGACUUUGGCUUUGAUGGCGUCAGCAGCCCAGUCAUUUGUGGCUCGGCCCUUUUGGCUCUCCGCGACGAUCAAUCGGAGUUUGGAGUUCCUGCCAUUGAGAAGCUGUUGCAGCAUUGUGACUACUAUAUACCAACACCACAGCGCGAUAUGAAGGCUCCUUUCAUCCUGCCAAUUGACAAUGCAUUUACUGUUCCAGGCCGUGGCACAGUGGUGGUGGGAACCAUCAAGCGGGGCACCAUUCUGCGCAACGCCGAUGCAGAUCUGCUGGGCUUCAAUCAGAACCUGAAGACGAGCGUCAGUGACAUACAGAUCUUCCGCAAGAGCGUGCCCCAGGCCCUCGCCGGCGAAAAUGUCGGUGCUCUUCUGCGAGGUAUUAAAAUAUCCGCCGUGGAGCGCGGCAUGCUUCUCUGUGCAUCGGGCUCCGAGGAUGUGUCCAACCACUUCGAGGGCUCCAUGUACUUGCUGUCGCGUGCCGAGGGUGGCCGCUUCAAGCCGAUGCUCUCGAAGUACAUUCAGCAACUGUUCAGUAUGACGUGGAAUGUCCCAGCGCGCAUUGACAUGGUGCCCAACGAGGCCAUGCUGAUGCCGGGCGAGCACGGGCAGGUUCGCGUUACGCUGCUGCGCAAAAUGGUCAUGACAACGGGUCAGCCAUUCACCAUUCGGGAGAACGGAGCAACUGUAGCCACAGGCAUGAUAACUCAGCGCAUGCCCCCCCUGGAUCUGCCAAAGAACAAGUUGUCAAAGGCAGUUGUCCCUUGCUGAGGGGGAUCCUCCUUCCUCCAUCAGUUUUGUACACAUUGAUAUAUUGUAUUUUAUUGUACACGCGCAUCUGUUAAGUUGAUAUACAUUUGUUCUUGUACAUAUGUGUAUAAGUAGGGUAAAUCUUACUAUUAUAAAUAUGUAGUUCAAAGAAA